AAAAAAAAAAAAAAAAAAACUCCUAGCACCCACCAAUGUACCUCGAGUACAGUGUAGCGCCACACACCACUACGAGUCGGAGCCAACCAACCGACUUAUUCCCACGAGUCGCCAGGCCACCGCAACGGUCACCGCCGCAGGCAGGGUAUUUUCGUACACUGCGUGGAACCCAAAGCAGAAAACCCCAUUUCCUUCAAAGUUCUCAUCCCAGUCUUCCCAAAACACGCAUCCCUGCUCCCCUGCCAUCCUGGGCUCCCUCUCCUUCCCCGUUAUGCACUAGUGCGCCAUCACGUGCUCCACGACUAUGCAACGAGGGGUGGGGGGGUGGAAGGAGACCGAAAAAGCACGGGCGUCUCCCAGGGAUGGAUAAAAUAAAAAACAAAAAAAAAAGUCAAGAGAAGGGUGAAACGAGGCGAGUAUGUAAACUGGGGCUGCUCGUUCAUCGUUCAGUGGCGCCUCGAAAUAGUUCCGAGAACACGAGGAAAAAGGCGAAAUUACCCGGGCUAGUGACUACAAGAGAGCCAAAGGCAAGGGAGGGUGGGUGAGGGAAAAACAAGCCUAAAGGAAGGAAAAGAGAUAACCUUGCCAUCCAUUGAUUAGGUGGGUGCUAAACCGCUUCGCCUGGCGAGUGCGAGCGCGCGCCAAGUAUGUACAUAAAACUACACGAGAUACAGUACAGUGCGGUGCUCGCGAAGAAAAAAAAUAUAUGGGGCGGGCGCUUGAGAUUAGUGAUUAGUGAAUUUCCUCUUCACCCGUGACACCACCCCUGCCCUGGUUGCGCUUGGGGGAGAUAUUUGCGCACAACGUCACUGGCUCGCGGAGCGUUCCCCAUGGGUUGUUGGCGCAUUAUCCGAUCUUGGAUUCCCAGACCAGUGUACGUAAAGGAAAAAAGGAGGCCCGAGUGCGCGAAUACGAUUGUCAUGUAUAUGCGCGUAC